UCCCAGCUGAACAGCGUUGCAUCCAAUCAGGCUCACGAGCAGCAGCCGAGCGUCAAAGCGCAAUGUGAAUCUCCAGUGUGACAAGUGACACUCGAGGAUUGACAGCAGCACGUUGGCACACGGAAACCCUGUCCAAAAAAGUUGUCCAUCAUGUUGGAAUCCUCAGCUCUCUACUCAAGACUCUUUUUUGUUUUGGCGCUGUUCUGUUUAGCUCUCGUGACUUUCACCAUAUCAUCAGAUGCUGCAAGAGCUAGUCCCGAAACCACCCAAGUGGACAGCGGCGGGAGGCACGUUACCCUGAAACGACUAUAUUCUUCACACAGCCCAACCCGUCCCCCGUACACCGGUCAGCCAUCCCUCCAAACUGGAGCUAACAUUGAAAGUGAGAAGAGAGGGAUUUACAGAGUUGUCCCAACAAUAAUUUACCAUCAAUCAAAUCCGGUUCGGCUGAUGGGAGGUAGCCUUGGUUACAAUGACGUUCCAGAUAACAGGCCUUCCCAAGCAGGAACAACUAGUGUGCCGAGUGGAAUGAACCCAGCAAGCAGCCACCCCCCGCUCAACAUUAGAAAAUCAUCUUCCAACGAGGCUGCCAGUCCCUCUCAAGUUUGGGACACCAGAGAAGCUUGGAAAUCCUCCAUCAAAGAUAAAGUUCCUGGAAGAAACUCUCCUCUUUUUUCCUCUCAGACUGGUAGAUAUUGGAGCCCUUUACUGCCAACUUCAAGAGGGCUUCAUAGCAGCUAUAAAGAGACAAAUGAGCUCACUUCGGCCGGGCCGCGGAGGACAUCUAGUGGGAUUCCAUCAAGCAAAUCUAUCGCCCUCGAAAGAAAAACGGCCCCUCGUCCAACAUCAAUCCGCAGAUACUCGGACGUGUCUCUUAUUAAAAGCAGCCUCGGCCCAGAAAGGCUGACUGCAUCUGUAGCAGAUUUCUCCCAAGGGUCUCCCUCUGUGUCUCGCAGCGAGACGCCAAGACGCCCAAAUAUCCAGGGCUAUCUGUUGAAGGACUCCCAAGCUGCUUUUGGUCGACAUGAGACAGUUCCAGCAGUCCCUUACCACGGACCUGCUACCCUUGCCUCUGCGCCACAUAAACACAGGGCUUCUGAAGUUGUAGGCAGUUUUUUCCCCGGUGUAGAACCAUUACAACAAUCACAAAGAAAACCCCCAACCAAGGACCAACUGCAUCUCUUUGAUAAUGCCAAUCCACUGCAUCCUAAUGACAAUUAUUAUCAGGCUCGGACGGAUGGUUACGCCCAAUACCAAAACACUGCUCAAAUCUCUGCUCCGGGGAGGGAUGCCAUCGUGGGAGGUCUCAAAACUUUACCUAGUGUAAAUUUUCGGGGUAACCAUGCGGCUGGUGACGUUAUAUCUACAGAAAGUAGCUUCACGAAGGCGACCCCUAGAGGAUCAAUGCAGACCACCACACCCGGACAAACCAUUAAAAGCCUCUAUGGCUCCAGAGGGUUUGAGCCUUCUGAACUGAGAGCUGCCGAAGAUCCGCAUAUUCUCUCCUCCAGUGAAGGGUCCAACUCCAGAGGACACAGCUCCAUCAAGCGAAUGGGCAAUCCAGUCUCAAAUAUGAACCCUUCUUUGUCACAAAAGUAUAGCUUUGGCCGUAGGGAGACCUCCGCCCCACUGGUAAAACCUCAGAGGACUCUGACAGCUUACCCCUCACCUUCUCCCAGCACGCAACAGGACCUCACAUCGGGAUUUAAGGAAUCCUGGUCUCGGCUGCCUAAGAGCGAUGCCGGUGUGGAGAGGGAGCCGGAUCACAGACCGUUCAGAACCUAUGGGAGAAUAUAUGGACUUAAAGGAUUCGGCACUCGAUCACUCGAGACAGCCCAAACCUCAGGCAGUGAGUCUCCCGGAGUCCAGCAGGAUUUUGUCGGUUAUAAACCUAGAGGCUUGGAGAUCUUGCCUCCAAAAAGCAGCCGUGUGAACACAGCAGGACGUGCCGCGCCGAGCAGGGAAGACCACAAACCACUUUUAAAGACAAAAACCACCGGAUCUGUCUCCAGAUAUAAAUCUGAUGAAUAUGACACAAUACGCAAGAUCAGCCAUCUCUUGGGGUUUCUACCCUAUCGAAACGGAAUCAGAGACCCUAACAACACAGCACACAUACAAAAUCGAGACAAUCCCAAAAUCAACUCCACUCAUCUCAGACGAGCAGUGGAACCCAAUGCUAAAACCCAACUGAAAUUCGCACCGAGAAAACAAGACCUGACUGAAAUUUUCCCAAAGAAAGUGAGCCUUUUCAAUGGUUCCGCAUUCCGCAGACUCUCAGACAUCUCUCUUAUUAAAAGCGUCCCCAGCCCAGAAAGCCUGACAGCAUCUGACGCAAAUAUCUUCCAAGGGUCUCUCUCUGUGUCUCCCAGCGAGACGCCAAGACGCCAGAAGAUCCAGUCCUAUCUGUUCAAGGACUCCCAGGCUGCUUUUGGUGGACAUGAGACAGUUCCAGCAGUCCCUUACCACGGACCCGCUCCUCUUCGCACGGCGCCACAUAUGCACAGGGCUUUUGAAGUUGUAGGCGGGUUUCCUUCUUAUGUAGAACCAUUACAACAAUCACAAAGAAAAACCCCAACCAAGGACCAACUGCAUCUCUUUGAUAAUGCCAAUCCACUGCAUUCUAAUGACAAUUAUUAUCAAGCUCGGACGGAUGGUUAUGCUGAAUUCCAAAACACUGCUCAAAUCUCUGCUCCGGGGAAGGAUGCCAUCGCUGGACGUCUUGACCCUUUACCUCUUGGAAACCAUGGGGCCCGCGACAUUGGACCUGCUGCAAUUAGCUUCAGCAAGGCGACCCCAAGAGGAUCAAUGCAGGCCACCACACCCGGACAAUCCAUUAAAAGCCUCCAUGGCUCCAGAAGGUUUGAGCCUUCUGAACUGAGAACAGUCGGUGUGGAGAGCGAGCCAGAUCACGGAGAGUCCAGAACCUACGGGAGAAUGUAUGGUCCCAAAGCAUUCAGCACUGGAUCACUCGAGACAGCCCAAACUUCAGUCAGCGAGUCUGCUGGACUCAAGCAGGAUUAUGGAGGUUAUAAACCUGGAGGCUCACAGAUCUCGCGUCCAAAAAGCCUCCACGUGAACACAGCGGACCACGGCGCACCGAGCAGGGAAGACCACAAACCACUUUUAAAGACCGAAACCCCCAGAGCCGUCUCCAGAUACACAUCUGAUGAAUAUGACACGAUACGCAAGAUCAGCAGGCUCUUGGGACUGCCCAAUCGAAACAGAAUUGAAGACGCUGACAACACAGCGCACAAACAAAAUCGAGAAAGUCCUAACAGUGCCACCGCUCAUAUCAGACGAGCAGGGGAUCCCAACGCUGAAACCCGCCCGAAAUUGGAGCCGAGAAAACAAGACCUGACUGAACUUUUCGCAAAGAAGGCGAGCCUGUUCAGUGGUUCCACCAGCAGCACCGUGAGAGGCAAACGCGUGCGCACAAAAGCAGAGAAGCUCAACGAAACUGCUCGCAUCGACGACGCUAGAAAGGACGCCAUAGUCCAGGACCAUCGGUCCGUCGCCCUUUUGGCUAUCGCCCAAGCCAACAUUCUCGGAAGUGCCGUGUUCGGCCACAACAAUGCUAGGACACGAACACUGACCGCAUCGCCCGAUGACGACAACUUCUCGAACACCACCGCUGCAGCAAAGCAAGAAACGACAACAGCAGCAGCAGCAGCAGCAGAAGAUGAAGAAGGAGCGGGUUUUUGGGCUUUGGAAUCAGAGGGCGAAGUAAAUGGUGCAGACAACGCAAGCGGAGGCCCCAAAGAAGUUAAGGAAAGCCAGCCGGCUGUCAGAAGCAAAGGAGUGGAAAACGGCGCGAGGACAUCCGCGUUCUUCCAGGACGAUGAAGGGAGCGGAAGCGGCGGUUUCGAUGAGUCAGACGACGGGUCUGGCGAGUCGUCGCCCGACGACGCAGAGGGGCGAGGCCUUGACGAGGCCGAGCUGGAGUAUCUCCGGAUAUCAACCGGGAACAUCUCCUUCAAGUCGAUGGAACUGCCACACACGGACACGUGAGAGGGAAAUGUGUUUUUGUAAUGUUGUCUGAGGAAUCCCAAUAAAAGAUAGAAGCUGUUCAAAAAAUUUCCCAAGUAUUGGAUUUUUUUAAAUCUCACCCAUUGUAGUCCUGUUUUGUCAAAAAUGGGGUCGUUGUUGAUUUGGAAACCUUAUGUUGGUAAACCCAAUUGUUAGGUUGCUGCAGCUUGUUAACAGUAAUUUUUUUUGAGCAGGUAAUUCUGUGAGUCCGUAAAGCAGAAUUAGUUUAUUAGCCAAUUAGCUGAUCACGAGACAAUACGGUAUGCCCACUAGUUAUGCUUUAAUAUAUGUGUGUGUAUAUAUAGUAGUCUAUAUGUUCAUCAUGUAUGGUUUGUUUGACAAAACAAGACACUUCAAACUUAAGAAAAUGGUCUUUCAAAUGGCCUCAACAGAUCUGUUUCAUUCUUUGCAGAAAAGAACAUUUAUCUUGGAUGACGAGAGAUACUGAGAAUUCUUCUUUGAAAUAUGUUCUAUAAAUCAUGACUUCUAACAUGGCCUUUUAAAACAUUAUUCUCCAACACUGACUUAAAAGAAAUGUCUUCUCUUUGGAAGAAAAUAACUGAUUUUUCUGGGUGCCGUUUGUUUCAUUUGGUAAAUUAUUUUCAUAAUAAGUGCAAGGGGAGGCAGAAGAAGGUCAUACUUGAGGCUUUUUAUAAAUUGAUUGUAUUCCCAUUCCUUGUGUCCUCAUUCCCGGGCAGGCGCUGGCUAUUCAGUGUGCUGACACAGAUUUUCCACCACCUCUUUCUAGCCUACAAGGAGGGUUUCAGCAUGCUGGUCUCUAGGUUAACACGCUAUGAGAUGGGGAAAAAAACCUGUUCCUCCCCCCCCUU